AUAAGUAGUAUGCUAGUGGUAUUUUAAGAUUGAAUCAUUUGGUUUGUAUGAAAGGAAAUUAUGUUGGAAUAUGUUUUAAAGUGCCUGAUGAUGUGCAAGCUAAGGCACUUUGUCAUUAAAUGAGGAUAAUAUGAAAGCUAGGAUUAAGGGAAGUUCAACAACAUGCAAUUUUGUUUUUUCUCUUAGCUCCCAAGAACAAUCAAAGACCUUGGGUCAUUCCUGAAGGCUCCGACAACCAUUUGUAGAUGAAAUAUUUAAAUAAAAAGAUAAAGGUUGUGUUCAUGAUGAUUUGGUUGGAUUCUUCAUAUUGAAUAACAUCAUCUUUAAUUUUUACUCAGACUCUUAGUUCAUUCAAAUGACGAGGUCUGCUAUUUGUUAUGGUCCAUUUUUUUUUUAUUCCUAUUUAUUCUGUAUUGACUAUUGAGGACCAAAUUGGUGUAAAGGAUAAGGAAGAAUGUUGAAGCAUAUGUUUCUUCAGUUAAGGAAUCAUGGUGUGUUCCAAGGUGCACUAUUAUACCUGAUACAUGGAUUGAUAGGAAGGAUUGUUCAUUUGUAUUAAUGUUAUUGCUUACUCACCUAAGGGGGUUUAUUUUUCUCUAGUUUAUUGAGUAUUUUGAUGUUUCUAAGAUAUGACUGUUUCAUUAAGACAUACUUGAGCCUUUGAUUGAGGAAAAUUGAACCAAACAACGUUGUUCAACUUAUCUCCGAAAAUGCUAAUUAUAGGAUUCCAAUUUCUUUGAUUGUAUAGAAAUAUCCUCAUAUUCACAGUAUACGGUGUGCCCACCAUUAGGUGUAAUUACUUUUGUAAGCCAUUAAUACACAAAUUUCAUGGGUACAAGGGUUAUUUCAAAAUGCAAUGUUGAUUGUUGACUUUAUGUAUUUGUAUGGUAUAAUUCUAGCUUUAAUGAGGGAAAACACAAAGUAAAAAGUUGAGAAAAAAUUGCUAGACUAGAUUUGAAGACACCAACCACCUUUUCUUCGAAUAGUCCUUCUCCUCGUUUGGAAAAGAGUUCUCUUGUUGUUGGCUUUCCAGAAGAAGACCUCCUUCUUCAAAGAGGGUGGAUUUGGAUUGACAUGACCUUCUCAAAUAACUAUAUAUGUGUUGUUGUUGGGAAGCUUGGCCGCCAUUAAUCACAUUUGGAUGGUGCGCAACCUUCGUAGAUGGAUUUUUAACUCCAGAUCUUUUGAUUCGAUUUGGACAGCCAUCUUCUUCGAUGUUAGCUCUAAAUUGGCCUCAUACCCCCUUCGUAGUAUCCAGCGGUUGGAUCACUUUUAUCUUUUGAGACCCAAUCCCGAUUGUUAUUUGUCACCUUUGACCAGAAAAACAGCUUGAUCUGAGAUAUGGAUUUUGAAAUAUCAAUUUGAUUUAGAUGGUCGAGUCACCAAAAGAACCAACCCAAAUUUGGCCUAUUCUGGGCCAGUUGUGCAGCCAAUUUUCAGCCCUCUUGGGGCCAUCAAACCAUUCACUUUGCUGCCUCUGACAGCUCCAGCUGGAGCCUCUAGAAGCUUUCCCAUUUGGUGACCAUCAACCCAGUUGUCCAGCAUUCCAAUUCCCAGAUUUUGUUUCCAAUUUGGAUCCUACACAAAAAUAUUUACCUCCAUUGAGCAGCAGCUUCUCAGCCCAGGAUUGACAGCUAUUUGGUCCCUUAUUGGUGUUAUAGAAGAAUCUUCCAAGCUGCCAUCGAACCAGCCUAUUGCAGCUUUGGAAGUUGUCUCUUUUUGUCCUGUGAUGGUGGAGUACAGCUGUGAUUUGUCUCUUAGUUGGACAAGUCAUCAAGUCUUCUAGAAUGCCCAUACAACUGUCCUUUAUUGUUGAAGAAGACAGCUUCAAGGGAGGGGGGGCUAAGCAACCAUCGAACUACACACAGCCUAGGAUUUAGUUUCUAUUGUGUGUCCAAGUUAGUUUCCUAUUUUGUAACUAGGCUAGUUUCCUUUUUGAGUUCAGUAAAAUUGCAGUUUCUAACUUAUUCUUACUUGGUUAGCAAGUUAGUAGUUUAGUUAGGAAGUUUAUUUCCAGCUUUAGUUUCCUAAGUUUUCUUUUUUGUUUUGCUUUAUAUCCAAGCUAUGUAAGCCUAUUAAGGGAGGACCCAUCGAUUGUAAUUUUUAGACAGAAUUAAUUAAUGAAAUUAUGAGUGCAAACUCUUGGCUUAACAGCUGUUCUUGAGAUGUGAGAUGCCUAGCCAUUGAGGGGUGUAUACCCAAAACGUGAGGGGUGAGAUACCCAUUGCACCAUUCUUCUUCCACCCUUCUUCCACCCUCUAUUGAUUCCCUUGUUAUUUAUCUUCUUUGUUUGCUUAUUGUGAGAGUGUUUGAAUGCUAUUGAUGACCAAUUGAAGGAUAGAAGAUUGAAGCAGCCUUGAAGACAGCCAAGAGGAGGGAUCAAUUUCAGCAAGGAUCAGGGUUUUGACCUGAGAUCAAUUUCUCAGAUCUCACAGGUCUGAGACCAUCUCCGGGAACCCUUUUGAGGGUUGCCUCAGGUGCCUAAAAGAGGCCUUUGACCAGGACUGCAGGGCUAUCAAAGCCUUGGGUUGAGAGCUGCUGGAUUUCUCCCUGUCAAGCCACUCAAGCCGUAACGGCUGCUAAAAUUUUGGUUGCUGUGCUAUUGAUUCCCUGCAGCCCAACUGCGGACAUGAUUUGGAAGACAUUUGGGUCCCUUUUCUAGACAUCUAUUGGCCAGGGCUUUUCGACUGAUGUUAUCUGCGUAGUAAACAAGGCAUUUGAUAGGAGAUAACUAUAACAGAAUCCAUCUAUAUGAUUGGACUUUGAAGUAGACUCAAAAUGAAGUUUUUGGAACACACUUCCUUUGACAGCAUUAAUGAUUUCCUAAAUCAUGUAAAUCUUGGAGAAUGUACUGUUAGUGGAAAUCUUGAAGCUUACUCCUGCAAGCAUACUGGAACUGAUAGGAGGCUGUCUUUUAGUUUGGAAAAUCAGAUUCUUGAUUCUCUUGGGCAAUCUUCCGACAGUGACCGUUCCUCUCCGGGUGAAAUCCUGUCGAGUAGAUCCAGCCGAAAGACACUGAUUUACCUGGUUCUCACCCUGAGCCACAUCUAUCCAGAUUAUGACUUCAGUGCUGUGCGAGCCCACCUGUUUUUCAGGGAGGAAGGAUGGGAGAGCUUCAAGCUGACAUUUGACACUUACAUGUUUGAAACAGCAAAGGAAUGGGCUGAGGCCAACGGUGGCAGUACUCUACUUGAAAGUUUAUAUAAAGCUUUGGAUGAGGUUGUUAAACUAUCAGAAUGUGAGAUCUACAGUUACAAUCCAGAUUCGGAUGGUGAACCUUUUCUAGAAAAGGGAGCGAUAUGGGCAUUCAAUUUCUUUUUUUAUAAUAGAAAGUUGAAGCGUGUUGUAAGUUUCCGCUGCUGUUGCUUGAGCAAUUUGGCAGUAGAUGGUUUUAUCAGUGAUGAGUUGUCUGACAAGGAAGAUGCAGAAAUUUUCGAUGAGAUGGACAUGUGAUAGAUCACUCCACCCAAAUAAUGUAAAAAUUAGCUUUACACCUUGUGAACACCUGUUGUAUAUUACUUAAGCUUCGCCAUUUGAGGAUGGUGUUGUACGCAGCAUGUCACUGAACUCUGUUUCAGAACAGUUAGCUGUUGUAGUUAAGGUAAUCUGUUAUGCAACACAUGAUCUGAAUGUGAUUGCCAACAGUGUAAAGACGGGUUCUUUGUAUGUGGGUUCUUGUACUAUUUUGUAGUCUCUCAUGCUUCCUUCUUGUACAUCAUCACUGCAUCACUCUUUGGAAUAAGAUUGUCACUUGUCCAAGAAAUAA